UCCAUUGAAGUUCAUUGAUUGCUAAGGUCAAAUAAAUAAAGAAAAAACGGAAGCACCCGAACCAAUGAACGAUCUCUGUAAUGAAAACAUCGUCGGGUCGGGAUUUUCCGUCAACCAAUCGUCGACAAAUCAUGUGCUCUGUGACCGUAUUAUGGCAAUCACGCAAUACUACAAUGUUGACAAAACGAACUGCGUAAACUGAGUAAUAUUUCAGGAAAGUGCUGUAAGGCAAACCAUUCAGAAUUUAACUCCUUAUUUGGCCAACCAUCAACUCUCUUGGCAGAUGAAAACUGGGAACAUAUAAUGGCUAUUCUAGUUAACUUUAUUUACCUUCUACUCCUGGUACCUGCAUCUUCUCUUGAGUCUAAAGAACCCAUUUGCCCUGAUGAAAAUACGAGAUUUGUCAAACAUAUCAUUGAAUAUGGUGGAUAUUGCGAGAAAUGUCCAAAAUGUGACGGCGGUGGAUUUUAUAAGGACAUUACAGUAGCUCGAGUCUUUGAUGAAAUGUAUGGGUUCACAAACUGUUAUCCUUGUGUGCCAUGCCAAAGAGGAAAAUACAGAGAAGCCGGGUCCAGAAGUGAAGUAUGCAACUAUUGCAACAAGAACUGUUCUGUAGUGUUCAGGUAUGAAUCGAUGCCUUGUGGAGGCUCCUCACCAGGACACUGCGGCCAGUGUUUUACAGGGAGGGAACCAGAAGAUGAAAUGCCUGAGAGUUUCUGCAAAGAGCCAGUUGGGAAAACUACUGCUCCUAGUACUACUAAAGAACUAGUGGGGAGAACAACAACAUCUCUUAAUGAGGCUUCAGACGUCCCAAAGAAGAGCAUAGACAGUGCAGGCGUUGCUAUCAUUAUGUGUACUGCGGUGCUCAUUUGUGUUGCAUUUGGAGCAGGCAUUUACCAUUUCCGUAAAGAUAUUUGUCGUCGCUGCAAUUGUGUCAGUGAAGGGGAUUAUUUUGGAUCGCAAGAAUCAAAGAGACCACUAAAGUCUGAUUGCAGCCUGGAAAUAGAUGGACCGAAUUCCCCAUGUCCAGAACUUGAGUCCCAUCCCGUUGACUUUGGCCCUCCAGCACUUGAACAAAUCCGUACUUACAUGCCUGAUUUCAAACUAGAUGUCGAAAGUGAAUCCACAAAAAAAUGCUUGAUUAUUGUUUCAACGAAGGCCAGCAAUGAGCAUAAGAGAAAUACUAUUUUUGUCUAUCUAAGAAUAGAAAAGGCAGUGUACGAACCAGAAGAAGAGCGUUGGUUGAAGGAAAAGCAAUCGUACCCGGAAUUUGUUUACAUGGUUCUUAAGACAUGGGUUCAGAGAGACCAUCACCCGACAUUUCUCAAACUUUAUGAUGCUGUUCGAAAAGCUGAUAUUGGUAUUGCCGAAGAGCUUCUAGAAUCUGUACACAUUCAGUAUCCGGUAGAGGAAGGAAGGAUCUCUUCAGAGCGUGAUGCGGAAAGAGAACUUGUUCCAUACACUGGCAUUCCAAUAUUGUCUAGAUCAACAUUUCAGUUUACAUCCAUAGAAAUCCCAGCACCGAGUACCGGUAGUACAGGAUCUGACGCGCAGUAUGUUUCGUCAGAUGAAUCAUUAGUUCUAAAAACACCGAACACUUCAUGAACAAAAGUAUUAUGUAACUUUAUUAUUUUAAAACAAAAUAUAUCAUGAGAUUAUGAUGAAGAACGGAUACUCUGAUUGCACAAUUUAGAUACCUUAGACAGUCUUAAGUCUGCUGGUCGGUUAUAGAAAGCACUUUAUUCUACAGAAAGAAGGUGAAGUUGUUGUAGUGGUCAGGUGCCCAUUCUCACUUAAGAUACCACUGGUUCGAGCCACCCCAUCGACAUGUUAACUCAGCCUCUUAAAUUAACACCGGUGCUGGUUUCUACAAACCAGGAAACUCGAGAGUGAUUCAGCUCUUAGUUGUCUCCGUAUUCUAGCUUAAAUUUAAGCCUGUUGAUCGUGAAAUGUUCAAAAGCCAUUCCAUACAAAAGUUGUUAAAACAUGACGUUGAACAUAAAUAUGGUAAGGUUUAAAUAACUGGUUUCAUUUCAUUGGGCUUUUUGUCAAUCCUCUGACAGGCAAUGACUGUGUAUGUGGCAGUUUAAAGUGUUAAGGCGAUACGAUUAGUUUAGUAGUUAUUGUUCAGCUCAAGCAAUAAUAAAUAUUGUAUGCAAUGUCGUUUAAACCAAUACUCAACCCAGAAAUGAUAAAUGAAAUAUGUUAAAAAUAGGUAUGUCCUUCAAGAACCCUGGUAUAAAUCAUGUUUAGAGAACAACUUUUGAACUUUUUGGUGAAUAUUUAUGCACACAUUUGUUUACAAAAGUAUGUAAGAAACGAUUUUAGUUUCUGUAAUAUGAUGCACUCCAAAUAAUAUUCCAUUUGUUUCAUUGUUUAAAUCAAUUGUAUAAAUAAUAUUCCAUUUACCUUUCGUUUCAUUGUUUAAAUCAAAUGUAUAAAUCAUUGUCAUAUCAUAUAUGAGCUUAUAUAUAUGUACCUUGAAUAUCAAAAACUGUAUUUAUUUUUCUUAAAAAAGAAAUCCCUAUUACAUUUACUAAUAUUCACCUUGUGAGGUACGGCUUAUUUUCCUUAAUUUAUUCGUUUUAAUCACCAUUGCUACUGUGAUGUACACUUUGAGUCACAUUUGUUUUAUUCUUUCCAUGUGUUUACUUAAUUUUUCAAGUUAAUCAUCAUUUUAUCUCGUAAUACAUUUACUCUGCUGAAUUGUAAUAUAAAAUCGCCUUUACUUAAUACAACAAUGCUCAAUACACGGCUAUAGAAUCUGUUGAAUGUAUUUUCUUCCAUAUUUAAUGUACUUAUAUAAUGAUCUUAAUUCUUAUUAUAUGAUAUCAUCUAGUCUAUUUGUUGUUUUGUUUUGGCUUUUUGUGUUUUUCAUCUCAGCUUUUCUAAAAAAUACAUAAUUUCAGUGAGUAAAAUCCAAUUCAAAGGGAGUUUUAUUGGCCAGUUUAGUAUCCAAACUUUGCCUUACAAGAAAUUAAUAUACUGUUUUACUUAAAUCAGUUUAUUUGUGGUUCAUACAUGAUAUGUAUUAAUCUGUUUUAUAUUGAUAUUCAUUCGUUUAUCAAGUAAAAUAACACCUUUGUAGUUAACUUAUCUCCAUGAAAUGCAUUUUCUACAAGGCCUAUUGCUGAUAUCACAUUUAUAAUAUGUACAUAUUUAUCACACUGCCGUAAUGUCAUCGUUGUUGUUGUGUUUCCAGCAGUAAGUUAUAUGUUGUGUAAAGUACGUGCUCAGUGUAUAUAAACUCAUUUGCAUUAAGUACAUUGAAAAAUUGUAUAUGGAAUUGUAGAUGUCACAUAAGAAUGUUGUACACUGGUCUAAAACUACAUGUAUACUAUGGUGGCAUAUAACUGCUGUAAGAUAUCCUGUUAACAUUCGCGAAAUCGCAAACCAUAACUAGAUAACCAGUUACUGCUAGAAGCCAAAAGUGCAUUUAUAAGUGGUAACACGAAUCUUAUCUAGUUAAUCAGUUAUUAUGUUACUUAUUAAGUGUAAUUCGCAAACCAUACCUAGUUAACCUGUAAGUGUUGUAUAGCUACAUAGUAUAAUAGGUGGCAGUUCUGGACUCUUUCAAGCCUGUUUUAAGUCUUAUGAUAUUCAUCUUACAAAAAAAUAUCGCGAUUAUUAACUAGAUAUCUAGAUAAUUAUCGCGAAAAGUAAAUGGUUAACACGAAACAAUUCGCGAACGCUAUCAGGUUAUCUUAAGGCAAUUGUAUGCCAUCAUACUGCAUUAUACUAUACUCGAGUAGUUUGAUACCGUGUAUAUAUUUGUAUUGUUUAUUAUUUACUCCGUUACGUUUUGUUAUUUUUGUAUGUUUUUUUUUUCAAUAAAACUAAUCAUGUCA